AUGGGCACCGGACUACGACUGGACAAGGCGCUGCUAGAGGUGCUGGAUGCCGCCGACCUGCAGGGCUUCCGACGGCAGCUCUGCCACGAGCUCCAGCUCACGAAGCUCGAGCACUUCGAGCACGCGAAAGAGCGUGACCUGCAGAACGUCGGCCUCUCCCUGCCCGCAAUCCGUCGAUUGCGUGAAGCGAUCCAGGAGAAGAAGCGGGAACUGAGGCGACAUCCGGAACGGGCUGCCCUCACAGUCCAAGUGCCGAUCGACGAUUCCCGGCUGCCGCCAGAACUCUCGCAGCCGGACACAAGCACGAUUCAAAAAGAACAGAUCAAACUCCUCGAGAAGCUUGGUGAAGGCACGUUUGCCGUGGUGAAACGAGCCUAUUGGACGACUCCUAGCGGCGAGAAGCUCGAUGUUGCUGUCAAGAUUCUUAGGGAUGCCUCGGAUAUGGUGAUGGAAGAUCUACAACGAGAAAUCGACAGUCUGCAGAAGCUGAAGAACCCGAACCUGAUUCGACUCUACGGCGUGGUUUUGGAUGCGGGCUGGAUGGUGUUCGAACUAUGCGAAGGUGGCAGUUUGCUCGACCGGCUCCGGGAUCGAAAAAAGGCGCAGCUGCUCGUUUCAUCGAUGCUCGAGUAUUCGCAACAGAUCACGAAGGGCAUGGCUUACCUGGAGAGCAAAAAAUGCGUGCACCGCGACUUGGCCGCCAGGAAUAUCUUGCUGUCGACGGAUGAGCGGACGGUGAAAAUCUGCGAUUUCGGGCUGAUGAGAAGUCUGGAAGAAAACCAACGGCUUUACGUGAUGAACCCGCAGAAACGAGUGGCCUUUGCCUGGUGUCCACCGGAAUCGCUGCGCUUCCGCGAAUUCUCGCACGCGUCCGACGUGUGGGCGAUGGGCGUGCUGAUGUGGGAGAUAUUCUCGCUGGGCGAGGAUCCGUGGGCCGGCAUGCGAGGCAAGGAGGUCCUGGAGAAGAUUGACGCUGGCGAGAGACUGAGAAAAACCGACUACUGCUCCGAGCAAGUCUACAAGUUGAUGACGGCCUGCUGGAUGGCGCGGCCCGACGAUCGGCCGUGCUUCAAGAAAUUCUGGGGCCAGUUGAAGCAGGCCAGCUUCCCGGUCGCCGAGGUCCGUGAUCCGCAACUUGCCACCGAUCGCAAUCGACUCGAGCUGCAGAUGGGCGACCGUGUGCUGAUCAUUGACGACAAGAGCACCGUGUGGUUCGGCCAGAACGAGCGCACGCGUCUGUUCGGCCAGUUCCCGCGCGCCUCCGUGUUCACGCGCUCGUCGCACGACGGGACGAAAGAUGGAAAUCAGCGGAUCUCGCGGCCGAUUGCCGCCCGCCCUGCUCCUCCUCCACCCAGGACGCAGCCGAAGGUCCACCAAAAUGGGGCCGCCGUCCCGCGCCCGAAAUCCACCUCCAUCUCCGAGAAUGGCGCCAGCCGGUCUGCCAACAACACUCCUCCCAUGCUGUCCGCCGACGCCUUUGUCAAUGUUCGAAGCGUCGCGCAACGGCUUGAAGGCAUCCCGCUUGCACAGAGGCCAAACCCACCGCCCCACGGCAUGUCGAGCGCGACGCAUUUUGAGCCGAACGUGCCAUCCUCGUCUCGCGCAAAUAUCGGCGUCGGCCACGGUCAGUCGAUCAUGAACGAGAUGCAGAGCAUCCUCAAUCGCCAGAGUACAGCCAGCGAAGUGCGGCUCCGGCAAAACCCGAACGAGACGCCGGUGAUGGUGCACAGCCAGAUGAACACGAUGCGCGUCCCCUCGUCCUACCCCAACGUCGCCCAGGGGCCCGAUCCGUUUGAGGUGCGCAUCGGCAACUACCUGGCCAACGGGCAAAAAGUGCUGCCCAGCUCCCACUCCACGUCCACACCCCAAUUCGGCACAAAUGUGCUGCAGCCGACGCCGGCCAUUUCGUCGGCUCGCCAAACGGCCGCCCCGCACAUGGGCGCCGUCCCGCAAGCCGCAUACCAGCCAACUGCCGCCCAACUUCAGCAGCUGCAAGCCGCCGGCCGGCUCAGCAUGUACAACCCCGGGGCUGCCGCGCAAGUCCAAGCCGCUCGGCCGACCUCGCAGAUUGUCGUGCCCACCCAACCGCUGCAACCGACUCCCGCCAGUCAACCGGCGGCUCGACUACAAAAUGCACCUAUGGGCGGUCUACAAAAUCCGCAGCCGGCUCGACAAGUUCAAGCCGGACAGCAAAAUGGGCCUAUGAACGGAUCGGCACUUGCGCAGCCAGCUGAUCGACUACAAAAUGCACCUAUGAGCGGUCUACAAAAUCCGCAGCCGGCGCGACAAGUUCAAGCCGGACACCAAACGGCACCGAUGAACGGAUCUUCACUCCCACAGCAGCCCCACCAAGUGCCUGCCCAACAAAACAAGCCUGUCAACGCCCAGGUGUUGCAGCCGAGCAAGGUUGCCCAACCGGCCCCGGUGAACGUUCAACAGCUUCCGAAGCCUCCGUCGACAUCUAUUCUGCAGCCCUCAAAAGUCGACAUCACGCCCAAGGUCGAGCCUGUCAAGCAGGACGCGCCCGUCAAGAAGCCCGAAGCCCAGAAGACCUCUGCGGCUACGGUGAGACGGCGGACGACGGAUGAUGUGGCCUCUUUCCUGCCGGAACCCAGCGCGCUGUUUUACGGAAAUGCCGGAGGAUCGGUGAAGAGUGGGACGAGUGAGACCAAGCCUGCCACACCGGCCCCAACAACGCCACUUCCGACAUCGUCAGCAGCGCCGGUCCCCUCGACGAGCAACCCGCUGGCUCCAAAGCUUGCGCCACAACCUUCAUCGCAACCACCGCAAUCUGCACCCCCUGUCGCCGCCAUCACUCCAACGCCGAUGCCUGCCAGCGUGGCCCCGGCGGCCCAAGCCGUCAAGCCCGUUCAGAAGAAAACGGCCGCGGUUCUGCCGUCCGUUCCGCUUGUGCCGACGCCGCUGUAUCCGAAGAUUUCGUCGAUAAUGGUGCCAUCUGAGCCACCCAAGCCCGAGACCCGGAUACCACAGGAGCAGGUGGAUGCCAUCCUCGCCCUGUCGUCCUCCGUCUCGCGGCCCCAGUCCACCAGCUUCUCGGUGCCCAUCUUCUCGGCACAACAAAGUCUCACCCAGCAGCCCAUCGGUUUCCACGGCUACAACACGCCGAUGAUGUACGGCGGUUCCGGCGGCUUUGGCGGAUAUGGUGGCGGCGCGUCGCCGAUUUAUGGAGCGUAUGGCUCGAUGCAGUACCCCACCUUCAACAUGAUGAGCCAGGGCAUCUACCCCAGCUUGAAUCAGCCCAUCUCGAUGAUGCCGAUGCCGCAGACGAGCAACUACGGCAACUACACGACGAACGGGUCCGACGUGAUGGCGGCGUAUUUUGCCGGCAUGAGUCAGUCCAGCCUGCCGCGCGAAAACCAGCGCAGCUCGCCGUCCGGAUCCGGCAGCGUGUCGCGCGCUGAGCAGAUGGAGAUCCUCUACAAGGAGGCGUCGUUCACCGAGCGCGGCAACUGCGACCGGAAGGUGGCCGAAUGCGGCGGUGACGUGGAGAAGGCGCUGAAAAAGUUGAAGGUAGAACAUCUCGUCGACGCGGGCAUCGCCACCGACCACGCCAUCGCCGUCAGCGCGCUCGAGGCAAAGGCGUGGGACCUGAACGCGGCCGCCGAGGCGAUCUUCACGCGC